AGGGGGGGGUGGCGGCGGCGGCAGCAGUGGCGGCGGCCGCGGCCGAGAUUCUCCCCUUCCCUUUGGGCGGCCCCUUCCUUCCCCCUGGGCAGCUCCUCUUGGCGGGACCGAUCCAGGGCGAGGGGCGGUGCGAGCGGGGAAGCUCGCCUGGAAACCACGUACAGGCCGCUCGGGGCGGCCCCGCCGUCCCCGGCCAGGGCAGGUGCCGGCUGGAGCGUGGAAGCGCCUCGGGGUGCUGGGCCGAAGCUUUUGUUCGUGCAGGUGAACUGCUGUGAUGAAAAGAACUACUAUGGAACCUUGGCAGCCUUGUAGGUUUGGAAGGCUUAAAUCCAAGUUUGGAAAGGCCUUUUCCAGUCCUGAUGAUUUGCUGGCUGAAGCGCUUAAUUAGGAUGGCUUUUGAACAAAUUGGAUUGAACAUGGAAUCAGUGCUUUGGUCAAGCAAGCCUUAUGGUUCAUCUCGAAGUAUUGUAAGAAAAAUUGGUACUAACCUCUCUCUUAUACAGUGUCCAAGAGUUCACUUUCAGCUAAUUUCUCAUGUCACGGAAGGAAACACUCCUGCUCACCUCAGAGAAGAUGCAGUGCCCUCCUUUGCUGAUGUGGGAUGGAUUGCUGAAGAAGAAGGUGAAGUCUCUACCAGGCUCAGGUCAGAAGUUUGGUUAAAAACAACCCAGCCUCCUCUAGGUGAAGCACACCAUUCCAGGAAGCCCCCACUCAGACAAACGUCCUUGCAGAGCCCGGCGGGAGAGGAGCCAGUGCCCAGGAUUGCAGUGAUGGCAAACGAAGAAGCAAUGCAGAAGAUCAGUGCCCUAGAAAAUGAACUGGCCUCUUUAAGAGCACAGAUAGCCAAAAUUGUAACCUUGCAAGAACAGCAGAACUUGACAACAGUUGGGCCAAGUCCACUUGCUUCAGCUGCUGUCCCUGUUGCACCUCCAUCACUGCCACCACCUCCUCCUCCUCCUCUGCCUCCACCCCCUCCCACAAGUCUGGGUCAGAGUAAGUCUGCAAUUGAUCUCAUUAAAGAGAGGAAAAACCAAAAAAUGAACGCUGGCCAGGAUGUGGUGGAAGAUGGGCCAAAGAAGCCUGAAGUACCAAACAUGCUAGAAAUCCUCAAAGACAUGAACAGUGUGAAACUGCGCUCGGUGAAAAGAUCCUUAGAAGGUACAAAACCUAAAGUGUCUCAGCCUGCAGAUCCAGCAACAUUAAUAGCAGAAGCUCUCAAAAAGAAAUUUGCGUAUCGAUACCAAAAUGAAAGCCAAGGUGAAACAGAAACAGUGAUUCCAAAGGCUGAAACAAAGACACAGGCUGAGGUAGUGCUGUUUGGACCACACAUGCUGAAGUCUACAGGAAAGAUGAAGACUUUAAUUGAAAAAUCUUAGUGUUAAAGAUUAUUCUGCAAAAGACUGUUAAGCUGCUUUGUAUAAAAUAUUUUAUGUUGCAAAUAGCACUAGUACUGAGAGGUCUUUUUUUACAGCCCAGAAAGAUCUAAUGUGAAAUGCAGAAACGAGGCACUAAACAUGUUUGUAUGUAGGUGAUUUAUCAAGGGGAAUAAAUUGGACCAUUAUACUCAGGUAUUAAUUUUGUAUUCAAGCUUGGCUUUCCACUCAGAUUUAUGUGAUGGAUUUAGUUCAUUAACACUAAGUUAUAUAUACAGCAUUUUUGUGCAUAACUGACCAGCUUAAAAAUUUGUGUACAUGUUAAUAAUGAUGGUGAUACAUCCUUAAGUUAAUACCAGUUUUAUGUGAGCUCUACCUAUAAUUUGCACAACAUUGUGUAAUUUUGUACUGAAA